AUCAUCAACAUCGUGAUCAGGAGCCUUUCUGCUAUUUCUGCUACUCUUGUUUGAGUUAUUAUAAGCUGCACUUCACUUCAUUUUUAACAACACUAUUUUUUCAGAGCAAGAAUCCCAAUGUAACGUUCACUUCAUUUUUUUUUCACCAUUCCAUUUUCUCUCUCCUCAAUUUCCUUCUUUCUUUCUCAAUUUCACUUUUUCUCUCUCCUCUCCCUUCAAUGGCAACGGCUUCCGGCGACCAGGAUUUUUGUCGAAUUUUGGUGCGGAGUGAUGAUGAACAAGGCAAUGCAAACACACAAUGUGGGUUGCAAUCAGAUAGUCAGACAUGUGUGGAUGCUUCAGUGAUAUGCCACAAACCUGUUGAUGAUAAGAAUUCAGACUCGUUUCCUUCUUGCUUAGUUACAGUUGAUAUCGAAAAGGGUGCUAACGAUGUUUCGAAAAUUGACCAAGAGACUUGUGGGAGUAUCAAAACUGAGAUUUCAUUGACUAAACCGCUAAGGAGACAGAACAGCAUACAGACAGGAGGAGAAUCCAUACCGCCUUUAAUGAACCACAUCCUCAUGUUGCUCAAGUUUAAUGCCAAAGACAGGCAACCAAUGGAGAAGGCACACGAUGCUACUCAUAACCGAUGGAGAAAGUAUAAACGUCCAGGUCUAUUUGAUUCACGACGUAUUGUCCUCCUGUUCUCCAUUCUGUCGAGUAUGGGGACAAUAGUCUUGAUUUUUCUAACACUCCGAGUUAGACAAGUCAGUGAAGGCUAUAUUCAUGGCUAAGCGACAGCAGAUUAUUUUUCUUUUAUUUUAAAUUAUCUUCUGUUCGUAGAUCUAUUUGGAGAUUAUUGCUCUAUUGCAUUUGUAUGAAUUGUAUCUACUCUUGCUUGGGCACUAUCUCAAAUUUUCCUGUGUACAUAUACCGAGUUUAGUGUUUACUGCAGAUCUGCAGUUUCCUUUCGUUAUCAUCA